UAAAGUUGCUCUCAUCACUCAUGUCUCUCUUUCCUGUUUAUUGCUCUAUUCAAUUUAUUCAUUAUUAUUAGAUCCAAGUUAAUCGUUAAUUGUUAAAGUUAUUAAACACAUUAUUUUAUAUAGAGAGAGUCAUAGAUAAAUUGGUGGAAAUAUUGUUGUGUCUCUGGUUAUGUAUUUGCACAAGGAACAAGGAACAAGGAACACGACAGACACAGAAAUCUAAUCAUAUCAUAAGACAAACGAAACAGAGGAUGAACGAGCUUCAAACUGAUUCCUCUGCCUCUGCCUCUGCCUCUGCCUCUGACUCUGAGUUUGUUGAACUUGAUCCAACUGGCAGAUAUGGCAGAUACAAUGAAAUCCUCGGCAAAGGAGCUUCCAAGACAGUAUACAGAGCAUUUGAUGAGUAUCAAGGGAUCGAAGUUGCGUGGAACCAGGUCAAAUUGUAUGAUUUUCUGCAGAGCCCUGAAGAUCUCGAGAGACUUUACUGUGAAAUUCAUCUCCUCAAGACGUUGAAGCACAGAAACAUAAUGAAAUUUUACACGUCUUGGGUCGAUACUGCAAACAGAAAUAUCAACUUUGUCACUGAAAUGUUCACUUCUGGCACCCUUAGACAGUAUAGACAAAAGCACAAGAGAGUUAACAUUAGGGCAGUGAAGCAUUGGUGUAGACAGAUCCUGAGAGGGCUUCUCUAUCUUCAUAGCCAUGACCCACCUGUGAUCCAUAGAGAUCUCAAAUGUGAUAAUAUUUUUAUCAAUGGAAACCAAGGGGAAGUUAAGAUCGGAGAUCUUGGGUUGGCAGCAAUUCUUCGCAAGUCCCAUGCUGCUCAUUGUGUAGGAACGCCUGAGUUCAUGGCACCAGAAGUUUAUGAAGAGUCAUAUAACGAAUUAGUUGACAUAUAUUCAUUUGGGAUGUGUGUAUUAGAAAUGAUCACAUUUGAAUACCCUUAUAGCGAAUGUAGCCAUCCAGCACAAAUCUACAAGAAAGUUAUUUCUGGGAAGAAACCAGAUGCCUUGUAUAAAGUGAAGGAUCCAGAAGUGCGACAAUUCGUUGAGAAAUGCCUGGCAACAGUGUCUCUAAGGCUCUCUGCUAGGGAGCUUCUAGAUGAUCCUUUUCUUCAAAUUGAUGAUUACGAGUAUGAUUUGGGACCAGUGGACAGUGGAUCUUAUGAUGACUUUGGAUCUCUUAUCCAUCAGCCACUCUUUGAUCACCGUAGUUAUAGUAAUUUAAGUACUGAAUUUGCAAAUGGCUUUGAAUAUGAAGGAGACUGGUAUUCUCAUCCGGCUGAGAUUGAACCUAGUGGAAUCGAACUUUUCGAGUGCCAUGAUGAUGAAUCCUCUGAAGAUGUUGACAUAAGCAUCAAAGGCAAGAGGAAAGAUGAUGGUGCUAUCUUUUUGAAACUAAGAAUUGCAGACAAAGAAGGCCAUAUUCGAAAUAUUCACUUCCCAUUUGACAUAGAGAUGGAUACAGCAUUAAGCGUAGCCACUGAAAUGGUUGCUGAACUCGAUAUUACUGAUCAAGAUGUUACCAGAAUAGCAGAUAUGAUAGAUGGGGAAAUUGCUUCGUUGAUACCUGAAUGGAAGCCAGGACCGGGAAUUGAAGAAACUAAUCAUUUUGUAAAUAAACAAAAUUUUCAUAAUUGUGUGUCUAAUCAUACUUCUGGUGUUGUGGAUUUUGUUUCACAUAAUCAAAGUGGAAAGAACUCGCAGCUUCCUCUAUGCUCUAGCUUUGGAUGUACUUCAAUGCAUGGGCGGUUUGAGGAGAUUACCUUACAAUUUGAGUAUGACAAGCAUGUGGGAAGGGAUGCACCACCUAACGAAUCGCAGUAUCAGGAGUUAUGGAAUCAUCAAGAAAGUUGUGAGGUGAGUCCAGUAGAGUCUGAUCAAAGUCAAUCUGAUGAACAAUAUGAGCAAUUAGAUAAAUCAGUUUCAGCAGAAGACAAAGUUUGUCAAGAAACCAAGUUUGCACAUGAUACCGGAAACUCCGCACGUAGUUUAUCAAGAAAUCAUUUCUCUAGUAUGCGGUUUUUAUGUUUUGGCCGAUCUUUUAAUAAAUAUAAGAAAGAGGUUCAACAAGAAUUGAGAUGGAAAAAAGCAAAACACCAAAUGGAGUCAAGGAAACUUAGGGAUAAACUGUUUGGCAUAGCAGCUAAAUCUUCACAUUCUAGUAGCAGAGAGCACAAAACAGAACAAGGCUUUAUUAUGCCACCUUCAUUGACAGAAACAGUAAAAGGAGUGGACCAUGGGAUUCACUUGAAACCCUUGGAUAAUUUCUGGAAUUAUGAUUCCUUCGUUCCUAUUCUCAAGUCCAAAAGACCCACCCCCAAAAUUGUGAGGUGAUGUGUUCUCAUGAAUAAGGUAUGGUUACUUCAAAGAGUUUCUACACAGGGUUGCUUCCAGACACUCUACAAAGGACAGUUUCCCUUCCUGUUGAUGCUGUGGAUACAUAAUUUUAUGACAGUCACUGAAUUCUUUUGUGCAUUAUGUACAUACAUAGAGUCUUACUGUCUUAGAGGCUACAUCCUACAUGAUUUCAACACCCCACCUUUUUUUUUUCUUGGAAUUUCAAUUUCCCCACAAAGAUACCAAAUCCUUUUCUUACAGAAGUAUCAAUAUACAGUACAAUGUCAUGUCAUAUAUUUUGAAUAAACAGAUCUUUAUUUUAUUUUCA